AUGAACGAGCCUCUGAACGGCAACGAACAGAUGCAAAAACUCGUUUCCAUGCCUCCCACCUGGCUCAUAACAGGUUGCUCAUCGGGCUUUGGCCUUGCCCUUGCGCGGUACAUCCUCGUCCAGGGCCACAAUGUUAUCGCUACCUCCCGCAACCCUUCGAAGUCCCCGGAAGCUGUCAGCGAGAUCACCGGACAAGACAAUGGUCGUUGGCUGACUUUCGAUGUAACCUGGUCAAAAUCUGCGAUUGACACAUUCAUGCAACAAGCAUGGAAUGAAUUCGAUAGUGGCAUAGAUUUCUUGGUCAAUAAUGCUGGGUAUAGCGUCCUCGGUGCUGCGGAAGACAUUCCCGAAGCGGCCGCAAAACAACAAUUUGAAGUCAAUUUCUGGGGUGCUGUGAGGACCACACAGGCGAUUCUGCCACUUAUGCGGUCUGUAGGCAAAGGUACGAUUAUCAAUAUGUCGAGUGUCGCCGGCAUUGAUCCUCUGCCGACGUGUGCGAUAUAUUCAGCGAGUAAGUUCGCUUUGGAGGCGUGGUCGGAGAGUUUGUCCAAGGAAAUCCGAUGUUUGGGAAUCAAGGUCUUGAUCAUUGAGCCAGGGGGUUUCCGGACAAACUUCUUCAGUAAAGACGCGCUGCAGAUCGUGUCGCCGAGUGAACCAUACGAAGCUGAAGAUCAUCCGGUUGGCAGGACCCUGGGCAGUUUUGAGACCGUUGAGCCUGCGAGAUUGGGAAACCCAAUGACGGCUGCUCAGAGAAUAUUUGAGGUUGUUAUCGGUACUGGGUUGGGAAAAGUACUAAGUGAUAAUACUCUGCGACUCCCGCUAGGGUUUGAUUGCUAUCAGAGGGCUGUGAAGAGUCAUGACGUUCGGCGAAGGGAGUUGGAGUCUGCAAAACAAGUUGCGUUGAGCACGAGCUGA